AUGCCCCAGCAACGCACGAACGUGGCGCGGCCGCCCGGUUCCAGUCUCAUGCAUUGGGUGCACCUGUGUCAAUCAGGUCAAGACCUUUCGGGCUUAGAAGGCCAACCUCCUCGUCGGGCGAUUUCCAUCGCAGAAGUUGGCGAACAUGACACGGAGAGCGACUGUUGGAGCGUCUUGGACGGUCGUGUGUACAACAUGACGCCGUACCUCACGUACCAUCCUGGCGGUGUCGCCGAUCUCAUGCUGGCAGCAGGAGGGGACUGCUCCAGCCUCUUUUACGAACACCAUCCGUGGGUCAAUGGCCACAGUAUGCUGGAAAAGUGCUUUAUUGGCCGACUCGAUCCAGAGUCAAGUGCGACCCGAGGAGAUACCGCGGCGUCGACGGCUGCGCUGCACAAGACCCAGUGGCAGCUGUUUCAACUCGUGUCGAAGCAGACGGUCGGUCAACAGACUGUUAAACUUACGUUCGCGUUGCCUGCUAAGAAGCUGCUGGGAUUGGAGAUGCCAGGGCAGCAUGUGAAAGUGCGCGCUAUGAUACAUGGUCGAUUCAUCGAGCGGCCGUACACACCCACGUCGAGAAUCGACCAACCGGCGACGUUCGACUUGAUCGUUAAAGUGUACUCGGAUGGAAUCAUGAGCACAUAUCUGGACAAAUUACAAGCUGGCGACUGCAUCGAGAUGAUGGGGCCGCAGGGAACAAUUGGCUACCCAGAAGCCGGUGUUGUAACAGCUGGAGGUCAAUUGAAGCUGAUGAAUGUGCAUCAUGUCGUGAUGGUUGCUGCUGGGACGGGUAUUACACCGAUGAUGCAACUUAUCCGUGCGAUUGUCGAGAAUCGCAAGGAUACGGCCAAGAUUACGCUGGUGGACUGCAAUCACUCGCUCGAGCACAUCAUCGCGCGCACGCAGUUAGAGCCGCUAGCUAAUAUGUUCCAAGAGCGAGUCAAGGUUCAUCAUGUGCUUCAUGAAGCCACGAAAGAUGACCUACAAGAAUUAGGAUCGCUGCGAACUGGCAAGCGACUAAGUAAGGAAGUGCUUGCCGAGUUGUUGCCAGAACCGUCACCUGAUGUGGCUGCAUUUCAUUGUGGCCCGCCUGCAUUUGACGAAGCUGUCAGCAGUAUGCUGAAAGAUAUCGGCUACAAGGGUACUCACAUUUUCAGGUUUUAG